CAUUACUAAGAUGAGCAAAUGACAAAAUGAAGGAAGUCUUGUUUCUGAACUUUUCAUUAAUAAGUAAAUGAAUGCAGAGAAUAGCAGCUGCCCCAGAAGCUGAAUGGUGUGGUGAGAAGGCCUCUUCCAGGUUUAAGAGGAAAAGAGAAUGGGAGAAGGAACUGCCUUGUGGGUAACAUUUUAAACAAAAGGCAGACGAGAAAGAAGUCUUGGAGUUGCAGAAAUAGCAAGGUUUUGGCCUUUGUAUUACUUCCCUGAAGUGUAAUGAAUGACCAAACCUUAAUUUACAUUUAAAAAAAUUGCUGCUGGAUAAAAGAAGGUAGUUAAAGGGCUGUUGCUAAGGCCAUGAGAGAUGACAGUGGUGGAAACAUGGAAAUUAAGAGAAUUGAUUCAUAAUGUAUUUGGGAGCUUGAGCAUUCCAGACUGAAUGCUGAACUGGAUACGAAAUGUAUGGGAGAAUGUGAAACCAAAGAUGUUUCUCUAGAGAAAACAGUUUGGGAAGGAAUCUCCUAUGCUCUCUGGAACGUAUGUCCAGAGUCAUUUUACAGCCCAUGAAGAUGUCCAGAAAUGAGACGGACAAGCUGGAAGACAAGUCAUGGUUGGAGAUAAUAAAUGUGGGGUUUAUUCCUAGACCCUGGAAUAGGUAGUAGAUGAGAAAGAGCCCCAAAUUCUUUAGAUCUCACAUUUAGAGACCACCAAGAAGGGUACAAGCCAGUAGGAAGCUCAAUAAGAACACCUCAAAAAUAAGGAGUCCCCCUUAAUAUCGUUAAACAAUAGUAUCCACCCUCACAAUCAGUGAGAGUCACCUUUUGAGGGCCUCAAAUCUCUUCCUGCUCUCCCAGCUGUCAAAGCUUUUGGACUUGGUGUACAAGAAUGUGUGUGCACUCCUGAUUUCCUUGAUAAAUGUUGGUUUACAUGAGCCCAUUGGGAUCUAUUUUGUCAUAUCUUCGUAGGAACACCUUAUACGAUACCAGCCCUGGAAUUCUUGUUUGGUUUGUUGUGUGAUUGUGCAUGUUUUCUUUCUCAUGUGUUAUAGACCGAGCUAGCCUCAAACUCAAGAGAUCCACCUGUCUCUGCCUCCCUGUCUGGAGGGCUGGAAUUAAAAGGUAAAGUACACCUUUACUUCCUAGUGCUCAGUAUUUUAAUGAAAUAUCUCAUGAAUAAUCCUUACAACUCUGAAAACUGUUCUGUGGCUGCAUAUUACCUUUUAAGAACCUGAAUUAGGAGUGAAGCUUCAUGGUACAAACCUGUAAUCCCAGCUGCUCCUGAGGAUCAAAAGUUCAAGGCUCUUCUUGGAUAAUAGAAUCUGUUGAACAGGAGCAAUCAUUUCUAGACUAAUUGAAAAUCUUGAUUCAAAAACUGUACAUCUGCCUAUCUGUCUACUGUCAAACUGCAUUUUUAGUAAAUUUUCUUCCUCUUACUCUGGUGGGUCUAAAGAUGACAGCAGCAACCCGACAAGAAGUCCUCUGCCUCUACCGAAGCAUUUUCAGGCUUGCACGGAAAUGGCAGGCAGCAUCAGGGCAGAUGGAAGACACCAUCGAAGAAAAACAGUACAUACUAAAGGAAGCCAGAACACUGUUCCAGAAAAACAAAAAUCUCACAGACCCAGAGCUGAUUAAACAAUGCAUAGUUGAAUGCACGGCCCGGAUUGAGAUUGGACUGCAUUACCAGAUCCCUUAUCCACGCCCUAUCCAUCUGCCUCCAAUGGGUCUCACCGCACGACGAGGUCGGGGACUUCAAACCCAGGAAAAACUGAGAAAACUUUCCAAACCAGUGUAUCUGAAGUCUCAUGAUGAAGUUUCCUAACAAAGAGGACACUUUACUUUUGAGAAUGGUGAGCCAACUCAGUUUUGAAUGUAAACCAGGCAAUAUAUCCUUCUUGACUAGAAGCAAAACUACUACCUUCAGACCUCCAAAAUUGGUCUUAACCUAUGACAUGUGGCUGCAGGCAUCCCUAAGGUUUUUCAGGGUCUUGCUUGCUGCUUGAACUAUGACAUUGUCCCUAGAGGUCAUGGACUUUACAUCUUCACUGAAGUUGUCCUUGGGAGCUAUCUGCGGCCUACAGAGGAAGGCUGAAGGGAAUUCUUGGGGCUGCCAUCCAGUGUGCAUCGGAUGCAAAGGGAUUAGCUAAUUGCUGCAAGUUCACAUGGCUCCAAAGCUACCCUUCUCCCCAAAACUUGAGGUUUUUCCGCAAGUUAUUUUCAUUUGCUUAAAACUGGUUUCUGUAUAGGCUUUUUUGUGGUCUCCUGAUUCUUGUAAUUUUCAGAUUUACCCACUUAUAAAGGACAGCUUUAGAUUGAUCAUA